GUGAUAACGUACGCAUUCGAACAGCAAUGGAACGUGAACCUGGUUUUCUUACGACCUGUAUGUAAACACUUUGAAAACGGAUAUAACGUAAACAUCGGUAUACUUGCGAAACAUUCUAACGUUUUUAGGGGAUUAACUCGUCAUUAAAGUAUAGAUUUUGUUUUAUUGUGUCAUACAUAGUUUCAGUUUGACUCAAUAGGUAAAUGAUCAUCUGCAUCAGAGAACAAGACUGCGGAAGUGAAAUAAAGUUCAUAAUUAAAGUUUGUAUACUUUGAACAGCACUUGUGAAGUAUUUUAACAAAUUUCAUGGCGGAGUCAAGACAUAGCGGAAUGUCUGAGUCUGGCUUUAUGUCAGUGGAUGGUAGACGAUCUAUAGAUACUGUGCAUGUUUUCACAUCACAUGAUCCUGUGGAUAACCACGAUAAUGUAAUACUGGAUGAGUUUGAUACACUGGAAGAAGUAAGAGAGGCAAUCAGAAAGCAAGGUCUUGAAACAUGCAACUUAAUAUUCGGUAUUGACUACACGAUGAGUAAUAAAAGCCAAGGUCAGAAAACCUUCGAGGGAAGAAAUUUACAUUCUAUAUCAGACUCUUUCCUGAAUCCAUACCAAAGAGUUAUUUGUAUAUUAGGAGAGACAUUAGAACCGUUUGAUGAAGACGGGAUUAUCCCUGUAUUCGGGUUCGGUGAUUUCAAAUGUAAAGACAAAACUAUUUUUGAGCUCAGACCAGAGGAACAUUGUGAAGGAUUUAGUGAUGUACUGGAUGCCUAUAACGAGGUCACACCAACAAUUAAGCUAGGUGGACCAACAAACUUUGCACCGUUGAUACACAAAGCCAUUGAGAUAGUGAAGGAGACAAAUGAGUAUCACAUCCUGGUCAUUGUUGCCGACGGUCAAGUUUCAUCAGAAAAUCCGACCAAAGAAGCACUUAUAGAGGCAUCACAUUAUCCAUUAUCUAUAAUUGUUGUUGGGGUUGGCGAUGGACCAUGGGGAUCUAUGAAAACUUUUGAUGACGGACUCACGGACCGUCAGUUUGAUAAUUUUCAAUUUGUUAACUUUCACGAGGUGACGAAAGACGCGGAAAAUCCUGAAGCUGCUUUCGCACUUCAUGCAUUGAUGGAAAUACCAGAACAAUAUAGAUACUUAAAACAGAAAGGCCUUGUUCGUUAGCAUAGCUGUAUUGUAACAUUUUUCACGCGACUCAUUCCCUUCACAAUCAAUAUUGCAUGGUACAUUAAUUCCAGUUAUAUCUAUGCAUAUCAUGAGAUGUUUUCAUAAGUUGUAUAUAGUGCAGACAUUUUGUUUAGCAUCAGAAAAAAGUGUUCCUAUAGUUAUAUUAUGCUAGUCGUAAUCAGAAUUAAAAAUGCCUCCUCCAUUUUAUUUUUAUAUUUGAUAACAAUAACAAGGGUUUACACUAGACAAGUUCGAAAGAUGUUUUCGAAAAGAAAAAAAUGUUAUUAACUUUGAUUAUUAAAAGUGUCAUACACA